CGCUACUAUCGAUAGUGCCAUCGAUAGUUUGACACUUCUAUUAUAAAAGCUAUUAGGCUAAAUUGUGUUCUUCGUUAAUUUGCUAGAAACUUAUUAAAAAUAGAAAAUAUUCUAUAUUCAAAAAUUCAUCUUAUAGUAAUAAACAAUAUUAAGGAGACGUAAUAUUCCAGUUUCCUAAAAAACCAAACUAUUUGUCAAGUUGGUGUAGGUAGCGAUGUUGUAGCUGCAUGAGGGCUACAUGGAACGGCAACCGUAGCUGCGAUUGGUGCGACUUGUAAAUAAAACGAUGUUCGUUUUGAGGCAUACGACGUGAAAAUUAGUAUAUGUAUAUGCAACAGCAGAAAUAUAUGCCAAAUUUUUUUGAACCACGCUAUUUUCAGAGAUCAGUAAAUAGAGAUAGACAACACAAUAAAAAUAUUUAAUGAUUAACGAAUUUUUAUUAAGAAUAUCUACUUUUAAUGUUUAACGCCGAAAUAAAAGCCAAUUGCCCGAUAAAAUAUGCACUUAUCUGUAAUGAAGUGAUUUGAGCGGUUGCUAAUGAUUACCCCGUGCUUACCACACAGAUUGUUGAAAGUGUGCAGGAUAUCAUCUUUGGAAUGAUACGUUGCUAUGCAGGAUCAUCGUAAUCAAAAAAUAUAACAAAUUCAAAUUUUAUUUAGAGUUCAGAACAAAACAAUCUUCAAACAACAUUUACAUCAAAGAUGGCUCCUCUAGCAUGUCCCACCGACUCCAUCGACUUCUGGAGGUAUGAGGUGCCUGAACUCGCCGAAGUCAGUUGCCUUAUGCCAAAUGGCGUUCUUAUUCUAAUGGUCGUGCCUAUUAACUGCACAAUCCGAGAAAUUAAAGCGGAAGUCGUAAGAGAAGCUAAAAAUUUUCCGUUAUGUCAUUUAAUCAAGGAUCCCUGCGACUAUGAAGUUAGUGGCAUUUCUAAUUUUGCCAACGUUGAUUGUUUCACAGAUGAAACUAAGCGUCUAUCUGAAAUACAGCCCUUUUUUUGCCUGCUACGUUUGGGUGAACGUACUGAAACAUCAUCUAUUUCCAGUGAUUAUGAGCUCUCCAAACUGGUGAGUAACAUGAUUGGGAAAUCUUUUGAAGAGUAUAGUUCGCAACGUAGUCCUGAGGUUGAUGACUUUCGGCGCAAACUUGCACACCUCUGUGACAAAAUGGAGCAAGUGCGUUCCCGUUUCACAUGGGCAGAAAAACUGCUUUAUGAACAUCCGAUGCGCAUUGCAAAUACCCAUGUUAUGCCAGAAUUGAUUCGAAAGCGGCUGGGUGGUACAAGUUUUCUGAUUGUUGUGAAAUUGGAAAACGACGAAGGUUCCUAUACAAUUCCCGUUAGUGAGAGCGACACCUCUACCACAGUGAUUGAGUCAGCACUUAUGAAGAUGCAGCGUUCUCAAAUAAGGGUUGGGGAUCGACCAUCCGACUAUAUAUUAAAAGUACGUGGUCGAGACGAAUUUUUAUUUGGCGAAUACCCUCUUAUACAAUUCAUAUAUAUUCAGGAAAGUCUUUCCGGAUCUGACGUGCCGAAUGUUGUUCUAAAGCCCAUUCACACACUACAAUCGUAUGUUAGUUACAAGAACGAUUUGAGCUUCUCUAGAUCACGUAGACCGGAAAGUAUACCAGCGUCACUACAUAACGCUAAAAUACCUACUCAGAACCUAAAUAUCACGUCGUCAUGGGACUUAGUGACACCUUUUAGAUUGCGUUUACAUCAAAUCGAGAAUGUAAACUGCGACCUCUCGCGUGCUAUAAAAGUGGGAGUACAUGUUGGUCUCUUCCAUGGUGAGCGCCGUUUAUGUGCUCAACAAUCCAUAGAAAAUGCAAUUAGCAAUAAUCGUUCGUUCACAUUCGAGAAAGACAUCUCAUUCGACAUACAAGUGCAAAAUUUACCGCGCAUGGCACGACUAUGUAUGGCUAUUUACGAAGUAACGAAAGCAUCGCGCUCCAAGAAGUCUUCUAAUAUAAAUCGCGAUAAUGUAUACAAAGAAGCCAACACAUAUGUGAAUAACAAUCCUUUGGCGUGGGUGAAUACAACCAUAUUUGACUACAAGAAUCAAAUGCGUACUGGCUGUCAAGCACUUUACACAUGGACUUAUGCUGAUGACAUACGGUCGGACGAAAUUUUCCAUCCACUAGGUACAAUCGAACCAAAUCCGCGCAAAGAUGGAUGUGCUAUAGUGAAGCUUACAUUUCACAGUAACGGCUUAGAAAAUAUACAGUUUCCAUCAAUGGAGGCAGUGCUAAAAUACGCAGGAGAGCUUGAUCCUAGUGAGCAAUUAACUCGCGACAAAUUAGAAGAAAACACCAAACCGAUUAGCGCUAUGUUAUCACAGUACCUGCGCAUUGAUAAAGUCUAUGAAAUGCAUGAUCAAGAUCGCAAUGCAAUAUGGUCUAGGAGAUAUGAAAUUUUAGCUGAAGCUCCUGAGGAGCUAUCAACUCUGCUGCAUUGUGUUAACUGGAAUGAGCGUGACGAGGUCGCAGAGACUUGGAAGUUAUUACAACAAUGGCCUACAAUUUCAGUGGAAAGAUCGCUUGAACUGCUUGACUAUGCAUAUCCAGAUCCAGCUGUGCGAAGUUUUGCUAUACACUGUCUGCAUUUUCUGAGAGAUGAGGAAUUGCUCUUAUAUCUUUUGCAACUAGUACAGGCUAUAAAGCACGAAUCUUAUCUAGAUUGUGACUUGGUAACUUUUCUACUAGAACGUGCCUUGCGAAACCAGCGUAUCGGCCACUACUUUUUCUGGCACCUGCGUUCUGAAAUGCAAACACUUUCGAUGCAAACACGCUUUGGUCUCUUACUCGAGGGAUAUUUAAAAGGCUGCAAACCCCAUGUGCCGCAUCUAUGUAAUCAGCUUAAAGUUCUCGAUGCUCUUAAAGCCGGUUCUUUGAUCGCAAAGAAGGGAAGCAAAGAGAAGGGUCGCAAAGAAAUGCAAGAUUUUUUUUCUAGACAAAGCAACAGUAAUAUUUUUCAAGGAAUACAAAAUCCAUUAAAUCCGAGUUUUCGUUGCAAGGGAAUCCAACCGGACAAAUGCAAAGUUAUGGAUUCAAAAAUGAGGCCGCUAUGGAUUGUACUGAAGAAUGCUGAUCAAAGUUGCAAUGAUAUCUAUAUAAUUUUCAAAAAUGGAGAUGAUCUGCGACAGGAUAUGUUAACACUGCAGAUGCUGCGAGUCAUGGACCAAUUGUGGAAGAAUGAGGGUAUGGACUUUCGUAUGAAUAUUUACAACUGUAUUAGUAUGGAACGUCGCCUAGGAAUGAUCGAGGUUGUGCUAAACGCUGAAACAAUCGCAAAUAUUCAAAAGGAGAAAGGCAUGUUUUCAGCAACGUCGCCAUUUAAAAAAGGUUCUUUAUUUAGUUGGCUGAAGGAGUACAAUCGCACCGACGAGGAAAUGAACAAAGCGAUUAAUGAAUUUACUCUAAGCUGCGCUGGAUAUUGUGUUGCCACCUAUGUUCUGGGAGUGGCCGACCGGCAUUCAGACAAUAUCAUGGUCAAACGUAAUGGACAGCUUUUUCACAUCGACUUCGGUCAUAUUCUAGGACAUUUCAAAGAGAAAUUUGGGGUACGCCGAGAGCGCGUUCCUUUUGUAUUAACCCACGACUUUGUGUAUGUCAUCAGCAAGGGACGUAAUGACCGUGAUUCGGAGGAAUUUAUAUAUUUUCAAAACAUGUGUGAAAAGGCAUUUUUAGUGUUACGCAAGCAUGGCUGCCUUAUACUGUCUCUUUUUUCUAUGAUGAUAUCAACCGGUCUGCCAGAAUUGUCCUCGGAAAAAGACUUAAACUACUUAAAGGAAACAUUGGUUCUUGACUACACUGAAGAGAAAGCUCGGGAACACUUUCGUUCAAAAUUCAGUGAGGCUUUAGUCAAUUCGUGGAAAACAUCUUUGAAUUGGGCUUCGCAUAAUUUUUCAAAGAAUAAUAAACAAUAAAGCAUAUUUAAACGAA